ACUGCUGCGCAUCUCAAAUAGCAAAUCAGCUGUUUAGCUGCGUUUGUUGUGUGUGGCAUCUGUGUGCACUCACAUUUGGCGUCCCUUUGAAGCAAUUAAAUUAUAUAUACUAUUUAUUGUUUCCAAGCAUUUUAAGCAUUUAGAUAUACAUAUUUGGAAUACUGUCAUGUAUAACGCUGAAUGCAUUGCUAUAAAGGACAUUAAACCCGGUCUAAAAAACAUCAAUGUUAUUUUCAUAGUGCUCGAGGUGGGCGUGGCAACCGUAACUAAAGAGAAUCGCGAGGUGCGCAAUUUCAAAGUGGGCGAUCCUACAGCCAGCAUUAAUGUAUCGAUUUGGGAUGAGCCGGGUAAACUGAUAACGCCGGGCGACAUCAUAAGACUGACUAAGGGCUAUGCCUCCAUUUGGCGCCACUGCCUCACACUGUAUUCCGGCAAAAAUGGCGAGGUCUUCAAGAUUGGUGAAUUCUGUAUGAUCUUCAAUGAGGGGCUCAACAUGAGCGAACCCAAACGCGGCGAACCACAAACCCCCGCGACACAGGGUGGCAUGGUCACUGUCCAGACGCCCGUCGUGACGCCAGUGGGCGUGGUAGCUGGCGCUGUGCAGCCACCAGCGAACCCCACACCGCCCGUCGUCGUGCCACCCACAAUUGUUAAGCAGUCAGCGCGCGGCGGCCGUGCGGGCACAGCCCGAGCAGGCGCUCUGAAAGCAGAGCGCAGAUAAAGCAGAUCAGCUGGAGACGC